GGUGACGUGUGUGGGCGGGGCCAGGCGAAGAAGCGAAAAGGGGCGGGGCUAACUAACUGAGGGCCGGACGGCUGAGAGGAGAAGAGGGAAAGGCAUGCUCCUCGGCGGUUCCCGGAAACCAUGGCCCUCCGGAGGCCGGCGCCGGAUGGCAACGGGAGGCGAGACUGUGAUCCAAAGAAAAAAAGGAAAGAGGCCGAGAUCUUCCAGGCGCUGAGCAGUGACCCUGUGGACGUGGCUGCCCUCCGGCGCAUGGCGAUCAGCGAAGGGGGUCUCUUGGUGGAUGAGAUUCGCCGCAGAGUCUGGCCAAAGCUGCUUAAUGUGAACACCGAGGACCUGCCCCCUCCGCCAGGAGAGGAUCUCCGGGAGGACAACAAAGACUACCAGCAAGUGUUGUUGGAUGUGAGGCGAUCUCUCCGUCGCUUCCCUCCAGGGAUGCCGGAUGAGCAGAGGGAAGGGCUGCAGGAGGAGCUGAUCGACAGCAUCUUGCAGGUCUUGCAACGCAACCCCCAGCUGCACUACUACCAGGGCUACCAUGACAUCGUGGUCACCUUCCUGCUUGUGGUUGGGGAGAGACUAGCAACGGCCCUUGUGGAAAAGCUUUCAACCCAUCACCUCCGGGAUUUUAUGGACCCAACAAUGGACAACACCAAGCACAUCUUGAACUACCUGAUGCCCAUUAUAGACCAGGUGAAUCCAGAAUUGCAUGACUUCAUGCAGAGGGCAGAAGUGGGGACAAUCUUUGCCCUGAGCUGGCUGAUCACCUGGUUUGGGCAUGUCCUUUCUGACUUCAGACAUGUGGUGCGGUUGUACGACUUCUUCCUAGCAUGCCACCCACUGAUGCCAAUCUACUUUGCUGCUGUGAUUGUCCUCCAUCGAGCGGAGGAGGUGCUGGCUUGCGAGUGCGACAUGGCUUCCGUCCACCAUCUCUUGUCACAGAUCCCGCAGGACCUGCCAUACGAGACCCUGAUCAGCCGAGCUGGGGAUCUCUUUGUACAAUUUCCACCAUCGGAACUUGCCCGGGAAGCUGCACAGCAGCAGGCCGAGAGAACGGCGGCUUCCACCUUCAAGGACUUUGAGCUGGCCUCGGCCCAGCAGCGGCCUGACACGGUUCUCCGGCAACGCUUUCGAGACCGGCUUCGUGCCGAGGAGCGAGCCAAGUCGCUCUUGGUGACAAAACCAAGGACCAACCGCUUUGUCAAACUGGCAGUGAUGGGGCUCACGGUGGCCUUGGGCGCUGCCGCCUUGGCCGUGGUGAAGAGCGCGCUGGAAUGGGCUCCCAAGUUUGAGUUGCAGAUAUUUCCCUGAAGGUCGAGGAGAGUGGUUUCCUCUCCAUCGUGCCCUGUUUGAUGUGGAAGACCGGGAUACAGCUACGUUUGUAGAAGGCAAACUGGGUUUCAAAGCAUCCGUUCUCCUCCCCAUCCACUCACACAACUUGCCUUAGAACUUCAAGCAGCCCAGACUUGGCCCUGCUGUGAUGUUGCUUUCUGGCCUGAGGGAACCAGCCUCCAGCCUGAUGAUCCAGAAUCUCUUCCUUUGAAGGAAAGAGGGGCGUGUUCACCUUGGACCAAGGUGAGGUCAGAGAAUUUUGCUGUGCUUCCAGCCCAUUCGUUGGGCCUAUAACCUGUGGAGUGAUGGAACAGUAGACUCUCCAUGAUGGUUUCCACUUGGUGAAAUCAGAGAGGGAAGAAACGCUGGAAAUUUUCAGGGAAAGUAUUGGCCCUUUUUUGCAAUAUUAACUGAAAUGAAGUGAUGGAAGAUGUGACCGGGACGUUUUCAGAGUUGCACUCUUCCCUGCUCUCCUCAAGAACCAUAUCAUGGCCUGCAACCAGAUUCUGACAAGUAAACACACAAGGAACUCCCUAGGAUCCAGCUUUGGAGGCUGGCAAGGCUCUUCAAAUUGAUGAGCCAAUUAAUAUCUUCAGUCUUAAAGGGGGAGCGAAUGCAUCCAGUCACGCUCCAAGCAACCAUUCCUGUGAACCAGGACUGAGCAGGAAGCCUUGGGCCAGGAUCAUGAGCUUUUGCACCACAGAAUGUACUUCCUGUUGCCACCAUCCCACAAAAAAACAGUAGCAAUCAUUUUGGGUCAAAAUGGGGCAGGGGAAGGACUUCCCUCUUGGGGUGACUAACCUGCCAACAGGACCAAACCAUUCCCCCUUUAAGACAUCCUCAAAUGCUUCCUUUAUGUUUUAUAUUGCCUAUAUGAAGGAUUCUCCCAGGAACUGCUCACUGAAUCCAAA